UUCAAGAAUGUCUGAUAACACAUAACCUUAGUCAAAAGAACAUUUUAUCGCGGUUAGGCUUGGGUACUUCUGUUGAAAACAUUAGCCAUUUCGGAGGCGAAAACGUUGGUUUACGAGCUGGUUUAUCGUUCGGUGCGUGGAUUUUUGUGAAAUUAGUGAAGACUUUUAAAAUAAUUCAAUUGAAAAAUGAUUUUUAAUAAAGAUAGACAUGCGGUAGAAACUGUUUUCCUGGCAUCAACACUCUUUGUGUUGUUUUCCUGUUGCAUUAGUGCACUGCCGUUUACGGUCAAACCAGAUGAAAUAGCGACUGUUUUUGGGAAGGCGUUUACUUACAAACUGCCUGCUGAGAUGUCCACGCAUCCUGGUUAUACAUUUAAGUUCCAUGCGCUCGAUAGCUCAGAACUUCCCUCCUGGCUGGAAUUCGUGGCCGCAAGAAAUCUCUUUGUUGGAGUUCCAUCGUCGCAUCACGACAAGGGUUCACACACUAUCCGACUUGAUGUCAUUAACGACGAAACAAACAAAACAAUCGACACAAUCAAUUUUCUCACCAUAGAAGUCGUUGAAUAUGAAGAGGAUUUAAACCACUUCAGGGUAUUACGCACAAACACUUUGACAGAUCCUAAUAAGAAUACAUCACGAUCGUCUUUGAGUUGCCCCAAUCACGCACCUGUUAUUGUAGCCACUCUUGUAUUUGAUUUAACCGCAAGAAAAUUAUCUGGUGCAAAGCGAGUUGAGUUGUUGAAUAGUGUUUCCAAAUGGACCGAUGUUGAUGUAAACGAACCGCGUUGGAUGCCGGGCAAGGGGGAGAAGACUGCAUUCAACUUGGAAGAAGUCAUUGUAUUGACUGCGGGACCAGGCGGAGUAAGAGAUCCUCAGGAAAGAGGGGUUGCUGUGUCAUGGAAGAUUGGAUGUGGCGAUAGUAUUACAGAAAGUGAAAAAAGUUACGGUUCUGUUAGCCACCUCAAGUCUGCAUCUCAAACUGGAGCAUUCGAGAAAGAACUGAACUCACCUGUAAUUGGAUGGCAUGUGACGUAUGGUCGAGUGAAGCGUCGCCGAGUGGUUCGAGUUCGUCGUCAAGCACUGGCACAAACGCCAGUGCCAACAUCUGCUUUCGUAACGCCAACGGCAGCUAUUUCCACUCGUGUCAUUGGUACUCCGUCCAUGACAAGAUCGCCCAGUCUCCUUAGCAUUACUCCUACUGCCAUAAGAAUUGUUCCCUCUACGACCCAAAUAUCGGGCCCACCAACCACGACUGUUGCUCCGACCGCACCACCUACAAACACCCCACCUUAUCUAAAUAAACCUAUAAAUGAUUUAACCGCGCAGGUAAACGAGCCUUUCUCCUUCAAUAUUCCUCCCAACACUUUUUACGAUAAGGAGGACGGCCCUACGCCUAAUCUUCAACUGGAUAUAUUCGACCCUCUUGGAAAUCCUCUGCCCACCGACAGCUGGGUAACGCUUGACCCACAACGUCAAAAACUUAAUGGCAUCCCGAAAGAUAUUGGUGACACACAAAUUUCUUUAGUUGUGACUGACCGUGGAUUCUUGAAAUCUCAAUUACACGUGGUCACUAUAAAAGUGAAUGUUGCCCCUGUUUCUACUACACCACCUACAAACACCCCACCUUAUAUAAACAAUCCUAUAAAUCCUUUGAUCGCGCGGAUAGACGAGCCUUUCUCCUUUUAUAUUCCUCCCAAAACUUUUCUCGAUAGAGAGGACGGUGAAACGCCUGAUCUUCAACUGGAAAUGUAUGACCCGCGUGGGGAUCCAAUAAAUACCUGGGUAACGCUUGACACGACGCUUCAAAGACUUCAUGGCAUUCCGAAAAGUCUUGGUGACACAAGAAUUGCUUUAAUUGUCAGUGACAGCGGAAACUUAAAAUCUAAGCUACUCGUGGUCACUAUAAGAGUAAUGACUCCCAAUAAACCGCCUUAUCUUUAUAACCAUAUUGACCUGAUCUCGCUCUACGUUGGUGAACCGAUCGCUUUUAAAGUGCCUCACGAUACAUUUCACGAUGCGGAAGAUGGCUCAACUGAAAAUCUUACACUUGAAAUGAAAACUGCGGACGACCAAUCAUUGGAUGACUUUCCAUGGAUCGAGUUCGACGCCAAAACUCAUACUAUUUAUGCUCUUCCAGUUAAUGUUGCGAUUGGCAAAUAUGAAUUUUUGAUGUUUGCGUUUGACAGCGAAGGGUUGAAAACGGUAGAUGCUUUCGAGUUUCAUAUCAACCCAACACCCGUCGCGCCCAACCACCAAUUUGGUCUCGUUCUAGACGCCGAUUUUAAGAAGUUCAAUAAAAGUGCUGCAACUAGGGUUAAGCUGUUCUUGCAGAUUGGUAACUAUUUCGGGGACCAUUUCAACACCUCUUAUCGUGACAUUCGUGUAGAGAAAUAUGAGAAAGGUAGCAUUGAACUCAUGUGGAAUUUUGCAAAUAUUGCCACUAACAUUACGGGUGUGUUUGAUUACAAAAGUAGAUACAUUCUUGGUGGAGAAAAGCCAGUUAACGAGUUCAAAAACCGUAUAGAAUCAUCGUGCCCGAUGUCCACAGGAUGUUCCGUUACGAAAGUUUGGGUGAAAGUAUCAUCGCCGGAACCUACAACCGUCGAUCCGAAUGUCGUGGGCAGAACUGACGAUGAUGACGAUGGAACGUGGUGGGAAUACACGAUCAUUCCAGCAUUUGUUGUUGCCGGUUUGAUCCUCAUCAUCGGGUUGAUAAUUAUCAUUUGUAUACGUUGUCGGCGUAAGAACAGGCUCGAGAAGAACGAAAAUGUUGUAUUCGUUCAGAGGAAGAAACCUGCUGUGUUUAGAGAGGAAUAUCCGAUGAGGGAAGUGUAUGGUAAUCAACCCCUUAUCACACCUAACGAGAAAGCGCCUCUUCCCCCUCCUGCCUACCCUCGGAGUUCAACCCCAACUGAAGAUCCAAGUGAACGUCUGUUAAGUGACAGUUCGCCGUCAUAUCAACCGCCAUUCGACAGUGGACACGAACCUGCAGGAAAUUCUCGCCCAUCGGUAGCUAGUUACCGUUUGCCUCCUCCUUAUGUGGCUCCAUAAACUCCCACAAACAUUUUCUGAUUCAAUAUUUGUAACAUGAACUGUCUAGCCCGUUAAGGGUAAAUUUUUAAAGAUCUAUAACAGUAAAGUUUGUUCGUUCAGUAGAGAUGUACAGUAUAUACGUCCCUUUCUUACAAAACGUAGGUGUAAUUGCUCGUUGAUUCGGAAAGAGAUUAUCUUCAAUCAUAUGUGUGGGUAAACGCUACAAUAUUUCUAUUGAAUACGCCAAGUUGCCGGUAAUUGUUUUUUUUACUCAACUCAUGUACAGUAAUUAGUAAAAUUUCAAAAUCUAUCGGAAAUACCAAAUAAACUGACCAAUCAAUCAACCCACUACUUGGAACAUUGUCUUAGAGAGUUGGAAAAGGUAUAAUAAUCGAUCGAAAAAUAUACGUACGAUUAAUUGUAAGAUCGACCACUUCUAUAACACAACCUGGUCGUGUCCAUUGUCAGGAAUCGAAAAUAAAGUUUUACUAAUAUUGCGGUUAAGAACAAAUAUGACUGGAGAUUGUCUUUUUUAUUUCAAAGGAGAAAAUAUUGAUAGCAUUUAAUAAAAGGAUUUACAAAUUCGACAUAUAUGAACCUCAUGGGCGUAUUUCCAGCGGUUGCUAGAACUGUUACUGUUAACACUUAACGUUCUGUUCUUCUCGUAGAACAUUAAACAAAGUUUGUGCUAUCGUUCUUAACUCUUUUUAGGAGUAAAACUGUUGGAUGUAGAAAAAAAUAUAUACAAGUUUUAUUUGGA